AUGAAUCCUUCAGAAUUUCCUUUUGAUAUCAAAGCUUACAAAAGGCCGCCUGAAAUCGAAGAGAGGUAUAUUGUCAACUGGUUCAGAGAGCAACGAAACCAAAUAAAGGAAGGAUAUACACCUCAUGUCAAGAGAAAAUAUCUCAAUAGAGAGAUGCGUGAUUCAAAGGUACAUCACGAAUUGCAAGCAGAUUUAGUCAAACACAUAUGGGCAAAGUUCUGA